CGUCCAGUUUGGGUCUGAAAAACAGAACAAACUAACACUACUACUACUCCACUUUUUUUUUCCCCCUUGUUCUAGGGUAAACAAAAGAAGAGCAUUCUUCUUUGUUGCCCCCAAAAAGAGAAGUGUCGGUAGUUUUCUCUUUCACACCACCUUCCGCCACCAUCUCCCCCUCUUUGUCGGUCUUCGUCUAUUUGCGAGUACUUGUACAUUUUACCCACAAUGUGGUCUUUUGUACAGCAUUUGAACUUUUUUCUACUUGGAGCGUUUUUGGUUUUCGGGUUUGCGGAUGCAGCAAAAUUGUACAAAAAGUCCAUCCCACAUUGGAAACCCGCUACCGCUACUUGGUAUGGUGAGCCUAACGGCGAUGGCAGUGAUGGUGGGGCAUGCGGGUAUGGAUCCUUGGUGGAUGUGAGACCAUUUAGGGCACGUGUCGGUGCGGUUAGCCCGAUCCUAUUCAAAAGCGGGGAAGGAUGUGGGGCGUGCUACAAAGUCAAGUGUUUGGACAGUGAGCUUUGUUCAAGGAGAGCCGUUACUGUUGUUAUCACUGAUGAGUGUCCUGGUGGUUACUGCUCCGGUGGAAACACCCAUUUUGACCUCAGUGGGGCCGCAUUCGGUCGCUUAGCCGUCUCGGGUGAAGGUGGUCAGAUUAGGAACCGUGGGGUCAUUAACGUCAUUUACCGAAGGACGCCAUGUAAAUAUCCCGGAAAGAAGGUUGCAUUCCAUGUAAACGAAGGCUCCACUAACUAUUGGCUCUCUCUUCUAGUGGAGUUCGAGGAUGGAGAUGGAGAUGUAGGUGCAAUGCACAUAAAAGAGGCAACAUCAAAUGAAUGGAUAGAAAUGACGCAUUUGUGGGGAGCAAAUUGGUGCAUAAUUGGGGGACCUUUGAAAGGCCCAUUUUCAGUUAAAUUGACAACACUUUCAACGGGUAGAAGUCUAUCAACUAGGGAUGUUAUUCCACGGAAUUGGUCACCGACAGCCACUUAUACAUCUCGUCUUAACUUCUACCCCUAACUUCCACCCCUAACUUCCACGGUGAUUAAAUCAUCGUUAAAUUGUCUCAUUCCGAAGAAUAAUGCACGGCUGUUUCUUUUUCCUUUUUUUUAAAGGGAAAUGAAAAGUAGCAUCCAAUGCUCUUUCAUUUUUCUUUUUCUCACCCUUUAAUUCUGGAUUUGUUUGUUAUUAAGAUGAAGGGAGCCAUCUCCUCAAAGGAGGAGAGCGAGCAGACAUCAUAUGAGUCUUGGUUGUAUCUUGUAUGAUACUUCUAUGUUAUUGUACUAUAUGUUAAGUUGUAAGUUUUUGUGUUA